GAUUCACUUCACUCAAAAGCACAACCUCUCACUCACACUCUCUCACUUUCACUCGCACCACUGACAAGUCCAACACUCACAAUAAUUGCUAAAUAACGAUAAAAUCAUGGCUGACACAACACCCGAAGAUGACCGUGAACGCCUCAAAUCCGCCCUUUGGUACGCCAUCGGACAAAUUGUCGAUGAAGAAUCUCUCAAGCGCAACCGCAAUGCGACACCCCAGUUUAUCGGAGCUUUGACUGAAUUAGUCUGGUCGCAAAUAGAAAGCGUGGCCAUCGAUCUCGAAACAUUUUGCAAUCAUGCCGGCAGAUCGACUGUCACGACGGACGAUGUGCUCUUACUGGCGAGGAAGAACCCUGAUUUACAUGAGAUCAUGAAGACUUAUGUGGAUGAAAUCAAGGCGGACAAGGAGGCUGCGGCGGGGAGCAGUCGGACUGGUGGCGCGAAAAAGAAUAAAACGAGGAAGUAGAAUGGGAACUUCCUUAUUUCCAGCGAAAGAAGAGGAAGAAAGAAGAUUUGGUUAGAACAGGAGCUCACCCGAUGAUUCUGGCCGUUGCCGAUCCGAUCAUCAUCACGAGCACCUUUAUGCAACAGCCAUAUCGACCUGAAGCUCUUUGUGAACAUGGGCCGACUGCCGAAACUUGACAUGCACACGCCCCUCCUCUCUCAUGGUGGCAUUCAAAGAACGUCAGGUCCCAUGCGCACAAAUCGGUUGUAGGCUCUACCGAUAUCGGGCUUCUACCGAUCCCAUAACUUGGACCCUUCCAAUCCGCUUAUUUUAUCGGAAGCUGGUAUCCGAACCUGAAAUCCGUGCGGACGGGAGGAAUUGGCAGUCAUAAUAGUGAGAGGCCCGGCAGACAUCCCUUUCUUUGUCUAGGGGCAAUUUUGGCUUCGGGUUGAGAAUAGAUCUCAUACGAAACCAGCGUUAGUUUGGAAUCAUUGGGAUACUCCUGAGGGAUUCAUCCGCUAUCAAAGGCUACGAACCAAGUUCAAGUGCAGUUUCAUUAAACAGAAAACAAAUGCUAAAACCAAUGCU